UGGAGUUCAGUAUCAGAUGCAUGAGCGAUAGAACCUCGCAGACACUCCGGCCCGCCCGGCGGGCCCUGCCAGCCUUUGAUCGGGUGGCUGACUCAUGCGCUCCGAGUUUUCUAGGGCGGCCAUAAGUUACCAUGACAACAAGCUAUUCUCUCCCAGUCCUAGGGCUCCUCGCCUCUCUGCUUCUGGUGGUCGCCAUCAGUCAUCCGCUUUCCUUGGCUGUGGCCACAAAACUCCGAUAUCUGCCUCCACGGUCGCAUGGCCUUUCCUUGUGUUUCUCUGUCUCUUCUGCAAAGACCCUAACUCCAGACAACGUUCUAGAACAGGGAAGGGAGCCCCGUGGGAAGAGCACCCGGGCGAGUCCAGGAAAGGUUCGGCUCCUGCGCGUGCAUCCCAGGCGGCGGCGGCUGACGGGGAGCGAUGGCACCCACUGUGGAAGGAAGCGAGGAGGCCCUGCUCCCCGAUCUCCCCAGGGGGCCCCUGCAUGCCUACCGCGCCCGCGCCUCCUUCGACUGGAAGGAGCUGGCGCUGUUCUUGGAAGGCGAGGACAUCCUGCGCCUGAAGAAGUCCAUCUUCUCGGCCUUGGAGAGCGACCCCCUGUUCGCCCGGCCGGGCCGCGGCCUCCCGGUGGACCAGCUGCGGGAGCUGACCUUCCUGCGCUGCCGGCGCGUCCUGCAGCUGGACUGCCUGCACACCGACACCCUGCUGCAGAGCCCGCCGCGGAUCCUGGCGCUGGUCACCUGCCUGGGCAUGUACGACUGGUCCCUGGCCACCAAGGCCUUCCUGCACGUGUUUGUGUUUGGAUCAGCGAUUUUCAACUCUGGUUCUGAAAGGCAUUUCAAAUACAUUCCCAAGAUCUUCAACAUGGAGAUCUUCGGCUGUUUCGCGCUGACCGAGCUCAGCCACGGCAGUAACACCAAGGCCAUGCGGACGACCGCCCACUACGACCCGGCCACCGAGGAAUUCAUCAUCCACUCCCCCGACUUCGAAGCCGCCAAAUUCUGGGUCGGCAACAUGGGCAAGACGGCGACGCACGCAGUGGUGUUCGCGCAGCUGUACGUGCCGGGGGGCCAGUGCCACGGCCUGCACCCCUUCCUCGUGCAGAUUCGGGACCCGAAGACCCUCCUCCCCAUGCCCGGCGUGAUGGUGGGCGACAUAGGGGAGAAGCUCGGGCAGAACGGUCUGGACAACGGCUUCGCCAUGUUCCACAAGGUCCGGAUCCCUCGCCAGGACCUCCUCAACCGGACGGGAGACGUCACCCCCGAGGGCACCUACACCACCCGCUUCAAGGACAGCAGGCAGCGCUUUGGCGCGUCGCUGGGCGGCCUGUCCGCGGGCCGCGUCUGCAUCGUGGGCAUGUGCGUGGUGAACCUGAAGCUGGCCGUGUGCAUCGCCCUGCGGUUCUCCGCCACCCGGCGCCAGUUUGGACCGGCCGGCGGGGAGGAGGUGCCGGUGCUCGAGUACCAGCUGCAGCAGUGGCGCCUGCUCCCGUACCUGGCGGCGGCCUACGCCUUGGACCACUUCUCCAAGUCGCUCUUCCGGGACCUGAUGGCGCUCCAGCGAGGCCUCCAGCGGGACGACCGGAGCGCCAGGCAGGCAGAGCUGGGACGUGAGAUCCACGCCUUGGCGUCGGCCGGCAAGCCCCUGGCCUCGUGGACGGCCCAGCGGGGGAUCCAGGAGUGCCGCGAGGCGUGCGGAGGCCACGGCUACCUGGCCGUGAACCGCCUGGGCGACCUCAGGAAUGACAACGACCCCAACUGCACGUACGAAGGCGACAACAACGUGCUGCUGCAGCAGACCAGCAACUACCUGCUCGGGCUGCGGGCGCGGGGGGGCCCAGGUGAGCGUCACCUGCUCGGGCUGCGGGCGCGGGGGGGCCCAGGUGGCGCCCGCUUCGAGAGCCCGCUGAAGAGCGUGGACUUCCUGGCGGCCUACCCUGCCCUGCUCGGCCGGCGGUUCGAGGUGGCCAGCCUGCAGGACUGCCUGGACUCCGCGGUCCCCCUGGCAGCAUACGAGUGGCUGGUCUGUUACCUGCUCCGAGAGAGUCACCAGAAACUAACUCAGGAGAAGAGGUCCGGAAGCAGUGACUUCGAAGCGAGAAAUAACUCCCAGGUUUACUGCUGCCGCUCGCUGGCGCUGGCCUUCCUGGAGCUCACGGUGGUGCGCAGGUUCCACGAGCACACGCACCAGCCCGACGUGCCGCCCCCGCUGCAGGCCGUGCUCCGGCGGCUCAGCGCCCUCUACGGCCUGUGGUCCCUGAGCCAGCACACGGCCCUGCUGUACCGAGGCGGCUACUUCUCCGGGGAGCAGGCCGGGAAGAUGCUGGAGGGCGCCAUCCUGGAGCUGUGUUCCCAGCUGAAAGACGACGCGGUCGCCCUGGCCGACGUGAUCGCCCCUCCUGACUUUAUCCUGGACUCCCCGAUUGGCAGAGCCGACGGCGAGCUCUACAGGAACCUCUGGAGCGCCGUCCUCCAGCAGCGCUGUGUGCUGGAGAGGCCGUCCUGGUGGCCGGAGUUUUCCGCCAACAAGCCCGCCCCGGGGAGUCUGAGCUCGAAGCUGUAGCCGCCGCCACGCCCCGCGCAGCCUGGUGAGGCCACUGAAGACGCGGCCCUCUCCCUCGACGAAGCCUCUGCACCCAGCUGGCUGGUGUCCCUGCACGAGGGGCCUGGCCCUCCCGCCGGGCCCUGGGCGUCUCACGGGCAGGGGCAGCCCCGAGGCCAGGGGUCACUUGCUGUGUGAACGAAAAGCCUGUGUGACCGCAUCUCCCGGAUGGACCUUCGACUUUGACAGCGAGAACUGGGCGCGCCCCGUUUCCCUACACGGACGCAAAGCCGCCGGCUCCCCCUGGGCUCUGGGCGGCGGGGCCGCGCUCUGAUGCUCCCGUUUGCCUUCCCCGCGUGAUCAAAUGGUGAUGCCCGGUUUGCGCUGCCGACCGUCGGAACGGCAUCGUUUCAGAUUUUUAAGGAAAGAGUCAGGUUUGUUGCCUCCUGCUGUGGAGCUGGAAGUGUCCGUCAGGGAAAUGUCCCAAAGAAAACAGCUCCUGGCCA